UCAUGUGACCAACAGGAAAUCCGACAUUGCGGAACUUUGAGUAAGUCUGUGUUUGCGCUGGGCAGAAAAAUUCAUCAAAUAAACCACAAACCUGAAAUUGAAACAUGUCCCAGCUCUUCAUACUCACCCUCAGCCUGUUACCAUGGAUCCCAGGGGUCCUCUGUAAGGUAACCACAGAGACAGAGUUCACAGUUCUCGAGGGUCAAUCCCUCACGAUCCCGUGCCACUAUGAGCCUCAGUAUGCCAGCUAUGUGAAGUACUGGUGUCAUGGGAGGACGAAGGAGUUCUGCACCAGCUUGGCUCGGACCGAUGACCCCCUCAUGAUCAAUCCAGCUGAGGAGAAAGUCAGCAUCUUUGAUGACCCAAUCCAGCUGGUGUUCAGUGUGACCAUGAACAACCUGAAGGAAGAGGACUCAGGAUGGUACAUUUGUGGCGUGGAGAUUGGUAACAUGUGGAGCGCUGAUGAUAUCGCUUUCACAAAUGUUAAAAUCAUUCACGGCAUGUCAGCAGUGAACAGCAGACUGAGCGGAGAGGAGGGAAGAAGUCUCACAAUCGAAUGUCUCUACAGUGAAAGAUACAGACAAAGUGAGAAGAAGUGGUGUCGGAGUGGAGACUGGAGAUCCUGCCUGUCGACCGGUUCUGAAGGAAGCUACGAAGACUCCUCAGUGGCCAUCAGAGAUGACAGAACUAGGUCUUUCACUAUAACGUUUAAGAAGCUGCAUGUGAAAGACACGGCCUGGUACUGGUGUUCUGCAGGGCAGCAGAAGAUAACUGUGCAUGUGCUGGUCACACCACGACCCACCACGACCACAGUACUGUCUGUGACAUCUCCACCAGUACCAAGUCAUUCUCUUGCACACAUGCCUCCACCCAAACCCAUCACUAAAGAGUCUUGGAAUAGUCAAAGUCUCAUGUUGGCAUCUGUGACAGUGUGUUUGUCGGUCAUUGUCCUUGUGGCUUUGGUUGUAUUGGCAAGAAAGCUGUGGAAAGUGCACAAGAAAGAUCCACUGAUAAGAGCGGUUGGAGAGAUGAAAGCUAAAUACAGUGGUUAUUCAGCAGAUACAGCUGAUCUGCAAAAUGGAACUGUGAUUUUCCUCAACAAGGAUUCUCAAGAUGUACACAUGUACUAAGAUCCUUCUGCACAAUGUUUCAUGUUAUUCUUUGUAACCGAAUGUAAUUUUUGUGUUAAUCUACUGCACAUGCCUUCCCUUGUUAGGGUUCUGUUUAUACUUUAUGUUCAUACUACACAGUGUUACACUUGCGACUGAGACAGUCUGAAGAGCUCACAAAGCUAUCUACAUUAAAAAUGUUCAUAGGAUUGUUUUCUUCAAGAAACAGAUGAGACAAUGAGAGCUGACUUGAACAUAAAUUUUCAGUUUGAUGUACCACUGUGUGUUUUGCACAGGGGAGUCUUCUACUCGGUGUGACAUUUUAAUUACAAACAAUACUCUUAUUCUGUUUCCAGUUUUGACUCAAUAAAAAUUCCACCUU